AUGUUUGUUAGAUUGCUUCUCAAUACAAAAUCAUCGAUCACACUUAUGAUGCCGUGGUGGAUUGGUACUGGCGGUGCAGGUCUUCGUACAGCCUUUGGCUUAUCAGCGGCUGGCUUCAAGACAGCUGUAAUCAGUAAACUUUUUCCAACUAGAAGUCAUACGGUGGCUUCACAGGCUGGUAUCAAUGCAGCUCUUGGAAAUAUGGAAGAGGACGAUUGGCGAUGGUAUAUGUAUGAUACAGUCAAAGGAUCGGACUGGCUCGGUGAUCAAGAUGCUAUUCAUUACAUGACCGAACAAGCUCCACGAGCUAUUAUCGAGGUUCGUCUCUUGAUAGUUCUUAUUUUUGUUGAUUAUGAUGUGGAUGAUACCAUAUUCAGCUAG